GGUGGCUCCGCCGGGGUCGACCGGGGAUCCCGGCUCCCAGGCGCCGGCGGGGGGCCGCGGGGCGCGGCUAGGGCGGCGCUGCAGUGCCCGCAGCGGCGGGCUGGGGGAGCUGUGCCCGCCCGUCCCUAAGGCCCCGGGCGGGGACCCAGCAGCUGGGUCGCCGCGCCUCUAGCUCGGCCCAACUGGGCGGCGUGCGGCCAGGCGUGCCUGCAGCGGGCUGGGGCUCCGAGGGCGCCCGGGCGCUGGGCCGGGGAGGCCCCCCAGGAGAAGCCCAGUCCCGCGGGCUCAGGCCCGCCCCCGUUAGGGGGGGUGUCCCGCGCUGCUGGACCCGCCCAGGUAACCCCAUCCUCGGCCCGCCCCCGGCCCGCCCCGCCGGCCGCCCGCCCGCCUCCGCCGCUGCCGCCGCAUCCCGGCUCUGGGGCGGCGCUGACAGUCGGGUCCGCCGGGCAGCGGGCGCAGCAGCGGGCGGCGCGGCCGGCUGCUGGGAGGCUGAGCCCCGCCGCGCGCCCCGGCCCGGCGCCCCAGCCCGUCCGCGCGGCGCCCACCUGCCGCCCCGACGGGAACCUCACUGACGCUGCCCGGGGCCGGGCGCCCGAGACACCAUGAGCCCCCGCUCGUGCCUGCGGUCGCUGCGACUCCUCGUCUUCGCCGUGUUCUCUGCCGCCGCGAGCAACUGGCUGUACCUGGCCAAGCUGUCAUCGGUGGGAAGCAUCUCCGAAGAGGAGACGUGCGAGAAGCUCAAAGGUCUGAUCCAAAGGCAGGUGCAGAUGUGCAAGCGGAACCUAGAGGUGAUGGACUCAGUGCGCCGUGGCGCCCAGCUGGCCAUCGAGGAGUGCCAAUACCAAUUCCGGAAUCGGCGCUGGAACUGCUCCACGCUGGACUCCCUGCCUGUCUUCGGGAAGGUGGUGACGCAAGGGACUCGGGAGGCGGCCUUUGUGUACGCCAUCUCUUCAGCAGGUGUGGCCUUUGCGGUAACAAGGGCGUGCAGCAGUGGAGAGCUGGAAAAGUGCGGCUGUGACCGGACAGUGCAUGGGGUCAGUCCACAGGGCUUCCAGUGGUCAGGAUGCUCGGACAACAUCGCCUAUGGCGUAGCCUUCUCACAGUCCUUUGUGGACGUACGGGAGAGAAGCAAGGGGGCCUCUUCCAGCAGGGCGCUCAUGAACCUUCACAACAACGAGGCCGGCAGGAAGGCCAUCUUGACACACAUGCGGGUGGAGUGCAAGUGCCACGGGGUGUCGGGCUCCUGUGAGGUAAAGACGUGCUGGCGAGCUGUGCCGCCCUUCCGCCAGGUGGGCCACGCACUAAAGGAGAAGUUUGAUGGUGCCACAGAGGUGGAGCCACGUCGUGUGGGCUCCUCCCGGGCACUGGUGCCACGAAAUGCACAGUUCAAGCCACAUACGGAUGAGGACCUGGUGUACCUGGAGCCCAGUCCAGACUUCUGUGAGCAGGACAUACGCAGUGGUGUGCUGGGCACGAGAGGCCGCACAUGCAACAAGACAUCCAAGGCCAUUGAUGGCUGCGAGCUGCUGUGUUGCGGCCGUGGCUUCCAUACAGCACAGGUGGAGUUGGCCGAGCGCUGCGGCUGCAGGUUCCACUGGUGCUGCUUCGUCAAGUGCCGACAGUGCCAGCGGCUCGUGGAGAUGCACACAUGCCGGUGAUGUGCCCAGCAGUGCCCAGCACCACCUGCGUGGCCCGGGGAAGGCCAAUAAUUUAAACAGUCUCCCACCACCUACCCCAAGAGAUACUGGUUGUAUUUUUAUUUUUUUUGUUUGGUUUGGUUUUCGGGUCCUCAAGUUAUUUAUUGCCAAAAAUAGGCAGGCAACCCCAAGGGCACCACCAAGGGGCUCCCCAAGCCUGAGCCUUUACACGUGGCUGCCACUGACCAAAGGGACUUUGUUUAUGCCUCGGGCUGUCCACAAUGACCACUGCUGACUACUCAGCUGUUGUGUCUAUUUUUCUACAUGUAGACUAAAAAGUGGGUAACAAGGAGUGACUGUGGACCCACCAUCCAGGGAAACAGGUGGCCCUAUGGCAGGGACAGCAGGUUCCAUCUUGGUGGAAUUUCUAUCACCGGCAAUAAAGGAACUUGCACCUCUGCACCCCACACAUACAUGGGGACCACUGGUAAUCUGAGCCUGGAAAGGGAAUGGACAGGUACCAGGUCCAAGGCUAAGGGCUCCUCUCAGCCCUCCCAUGAGCAGCUAGAUUCCAGGUAGGCACACACGUGAAGUGGGAAAAGAAGCCCACCUGAGGCCCUCCUCCUCAGUCUCCUCCUUGGAAAGGGAAACUGCUCCUCCUAGGCCCUCCUAGGCAGGAUAGGGCUGUCAUCCUGGAUCAGAUCCUAGCUUGGGCCUAGCAAGUCACAUCCCCAUGUGAGUCACCCUCACAGUGCUAUCCUCUGUGAUGCUGAGAAUGGAAAUGUCACACAGAGACAGGGAAGGGCUGUGCAGAGAUCCCACCCUGCGGUAUCUCACUCACUUAACAAAAUUUAUUGAGCAAACACUAUGCACCAGGCCCUGUCCUGGGAUAUCUAUCUCCCUUGGUGACCACAGCUAUCCUGGGAACAAAUACAGAGGCACACACCCUCUUUGCAGCAGGUAGUCAUGCCUGUCAGCCUCAGCCUCACAAGACCUUAGCAGAGGCAGAGCUAGUCCUUAGCCCCUGUAUCCAAAGACAGAGAUAUGACAGGUCUCCUUGCGCCUGAGCAAUGGGUACAGGGAGGCAGUAGGAGCCAGAGACCACAGGCUAGGCUGGAACCCAUAUGGUUGCAGAGGGCUAAGUGGCUGAGGCAAGAAGGGGAACAGUUAAAGGCUGAUUAAUGAGUUCUCAGAAUCUAAGGCACCCCCACAUCUAAGACCUAAGGUCUCAGAGGCCUUGAAUAAGGACAAAAGAUUCCCAAGGGACAUCAAUAGCUGGUGCCUGGCCCAAUGCACUAGUCAAACUGUUAAGAACCUACCAAGUGUUUAGUACACAGGACACACACAGACCCAACUGCUUCUCAGUUGGGUGACCAAUACUCAGAGGAACUUCCCAGCAUGGUCUCCAAGCUGCUCCCAUGUCCAGGACUCCAGGUUUGAUGUCUUCAGCUCUGAGAUCCCCUUGGGGACUCUGAAAUCCCAAGCCCUUUGCUAUUGGGUGGUAUGAAUGCAAAAUCCAGGCUUCCGAAUAUGGGCUCGGGCCUGCACAAACUCUCCUCUGGCCCUGUGGUUUGUGCCUCCUAGCGCUGGCUCCCUCACGAAGAGGGUCAACACCCUUGGCCCCCAUCCAAGGUCUCUGCUCACUGUCCAUCUGAAGAGGCAGCCAAAACCAAGUGAGAUGCUGGAACCACAUUCAAAUGCAGGGAUAAUCUUGGGCAGGCUGUCUCUGAUGUGGACGAAAGCUGAGCUGACCAAGGGUCCCCACAGCUGCCCAGCUGGGCCCACUGAUCCUCUGGUAGACUUAGUUCAGAACCAGGGAAGAUAUGGCCCCCUCCAAGGCCCGCCCCAGACAAAGAAAGGAGGGGAGCUGUCCCUUCAGAGAAUGCUGAGCCAGGAACUCCAUCCAGGGGCAGUUGGGUCCAGACUGCUUACUCGUUUGAUGGACACUAUCCCAAGAAGGAGGGUAUCUAGCUCCCCUAAGAUGAUCCUCCCAGGGUUCUGCAGGCUGUUACCAGGUGAAUCAGACCACAGGCUCGAACCACUGCCAAGGCCAAAGGAUUCCACAGCCACAGAAAAAGAGCUUCGUUGGACUUGUCCAGCUCCAAACUGUCUCAAAUACAAAGAGCUGGCAGAGGGCUGACAUAGCUCAACACACUUGGGCCACAAAGGACCCAGGAAACUGGCCAGAAGGUCCGCAUCCUACCUGAACCACUCUCCACUGUUCUUGUCACAAGGCAAAAGUGGUAUUCCUCCAAGGCCAGGGCUGGGUAAACCAGCUCUGGAUGCUGCUACCCGACUCUGCUGCCCCACCCCCAUCCUCCAGUUUUUAUAUGAGGCUCCUUGGCAUUGUGACAUCCCCAUGGCGUAGUCUGAGAUGCACGAUAAAAUGGUUAUUUCUUUAUC